AGUCCCUGCAGUGGCUGUAACAAAACCCAGACCCCCAGGUCCCGGCCAAUGGAGGCGAUUUAGACUGGAGUAGGACCGCGUCUGUCAAAAGCCCGACUCUGCAGCAGCGGCGGAGUCCAGGAGGAGAGCUGGAGCCGCCGCGCUGCCUCCCCGCCCCCGCCGGGAUUUAUUAUUUGGACUAGACAAUUAAGUGGCCCUGAUGAUGUUACCAAGCCCGGUCACCUCCACCCCUUUCUCAGUCAAAGACAUUUUGAAUCUGGAGCAGCAGCAGCAGCACUUCCAUGGUGCGCACUUGCAGGCGGACUUGGAGCACCACUUCCACUCUGCGCCCUGCAUGCUGGCCGCAGCUGAGGGGACGCAAUUUUCUGACGGAGGGGAGGAGGACGAGGAAGAAGAGGGCGAUAAAUUGUCCUAUUUGAACUCACUAGCAGCAGCCGACGGCCACGGGGAUUCAGGGUUGUGUCCCCAGGGCUAUGUCCACACGGUCCUGAGAGACUCGUGCAGCGGGCCCAAGGAACAUGAAGAGGAGCCCGAGGUCGUGAGGGACCGGAGCCAAAAAAGCUGCCAGCUGAAGAAGUCUCUAGAGGCGGCCGGAGACUGCAAGGCAGCGGAGGAGAGCGAGAGGCCGAAGCCACGCAGCCGCCGGAAGCCCAGGGUCCUCUUCUCGCAAGCCCAGGUCUUCGAGCUGGAACGCAGGUUCAAGCAGCAGCGGUACCUGUCGGCACCCGAGCGCGAGCACCUCGCCAGCAGCCUGAAGCUCACGUCCACGCAGGUGAAAAUCUGGUUCCAGAAUCGCAGGUACAAGUGCAAGAGACAGCGGCAGGACAAGUCUCUGGAGCUGGGCGCACACGCGCCCCCGCCCUGUCUCCCCUCCGCAGCAGAUACCUCUGUCCAGAUCUCCGGAUUGUCGGGGAACGCAGGAUUCUUCGAGGAAGACCAGCCGAAUGAGAUCAAAAGUUGGGGGUGGGGGGAGGCUGAACAAACUCGAGACCUGGUGGCCCACCGGAGGUGUUACCGGGUCGAAGGCUCAGGGCCAUUUGAAGUCCCUGGCUUUGUAGUUCCCCCUAAGUUUUACCCAGAUGCUUGGACUAGCUGUAUAGACCUGCGUUCGGUCAAGUCUUGUAAUCUGCCCCACCUCGAGGGUCGCCAGGGAAAAGGAAGCCUCGCCCCCAGGCCCAGCUGUUGGCGGCGCGAAAGCAGCCUCUUCCCCGGCUGCAGCCAGGACUACCAACGCGCCUGGGGGUGCUGCGCUGCGCCCCACCGCGGCCGAGCUCUCCCCCUUGGCCGCCCUCCCUUCUCCCCCGGCGGCCCCGGCUUUAUGCGGCUCCUUGUCACUUGCGGAGAAUGCCUGUGCGAGGCCUGUGCUGCCACACGGCCGAUUGUGAGCGUGCCAAGGCGGGUGAAUGGGGAGGCCUCAGAGCGCCGCGCCAUUGUGGGGCCGGGCCUCGCUGAAAGGCGGCUCCGGGCCGGGAAGAGCGGGGGCUUUGUGCAGCAGUCUGCUCAACAGAGGGACGGAGAAAUGUGCGGGGGUUUUGUUCCCCACUUUUUGAGAGAUGUGGAGGGCCAGGUUGGCAUCUUUUCCCUCUGGGACAAGUACCACAGUAGGAGCUCAUGGGGCCAGGAGGGCUGUGAGAUGCCCUCUGGGCCCCUUCAGCACCUCUUCCCUGGAAGAUGUCUAGGACGCUAUUCCGCCCUCGAGGCACUCGCAGUUCCCCAGGGUGAGGGAGUGGGGACAGGGGCAGGGAGGCGGGGACCUGGACAGCACAAGGACCGAAAACCCCAGCUCUGCGGGCGCGCGUCACCACGGAGAUCUGGCAGAGCCAUUGCGGGUAAACCUGGGACAGGUGGCGCCCGGCAGGGUCUGCAGGGCUUUGACUUCGGCUGCAUCUGGGACAUUCGACAGAAGGGAAAGGUGAAAGGACGUUUCCUGGCGGAGGCACGAGUCCUCUCUAGCCCACCGCUGCAGGAAGGAAAGGGUAAGGAGGGGAAACCCGGCGACUCUCCGCGGGGCUUCUCUCGGGCCCGCGGGCACCGCCCGGGUGACUUGGGGCCGCGCGACGCCAGUGGGGACUUCCCGGGCACCUCCUCCCAACUCCAGGGGCCCGAGCCCUGGAAGGACUGUGAUUUGUCCGCGACUGGAGAGAGUUCAGUGCUCAGCCUCAGUCUGGCCGCGCUCGAGAGGAAAGGAUCCUUUCGAACUGCCAGGGGCAGCGCAGGUGCCACGGGGCGGGGCGCCCGGGGGCCGACCGCAGCUUCCCAGGCGGGCCCGGGGCAGUCAGAGCCAGCUGGGCCGGGAGUGCCCCGGCGAGCCCCGGGAGAGCCUAGCCGACUCUGCGGGUGA